CUUGGCUUCGGCGUUUAGGUUAACCUCAGUUCUCGUUUUCAUUCUCAAACCAGUUUUCCUCAGCUCUCGCGAGAUUGGCGGGCCGACCCGAGAGCAGCGCGGAACCGGUAUCUCCUAGGAGUUCUACCCGGCACUCAGCGCCUUCGCUGCGUGGGAUUGCGGCCUGACCCGGAGCCAGCCUAACGCCGACGGACCCCGCCUGAGAUCCUAGCAGCGAUGGAUGAGGACCUGGUUUUGGCACUGCGGCUUCAGGAGGAGUGGAAUUUGCAAGUCGCGGAGCGCGAUGGGGCCCAGGAGCCCCUGUCACUGGUGGAUGCGUCCUGGGAGUUGGUGGACCCCACCCCGGAUUUGCAGGCCCUGUUUCUGCAGUUUAACGACCGGUUCUUCUGGGGCCAGCUGGAGGCCGUCGAGGUGAAGUGGAGCAGCCGCAUGACCCUGUGUGCUGGGAUAUGCAUCUAUGAAGGGAGAGGUGGAAUGUGUUCCAUCCGUCUCAGUGAACCCCUUUUAAAGUUGAGACCAAGAAAGGAUCUUGUAGAGACCCUCUUGCAUGAAAUGAUACAUGCCUAUUUGUUUGUCACUAAUAAUGACAAAGACCGGGAAGGGCAUGGUCCAGAGUUUCUUAAACAUAUGCAUCGCAUCAACCGCCUGACUGGAGCCAAUAUCACGGUAUACCAUACUUUUCAUGAUGAGGUGGAUGAGUAUCGGCGACAUUGGUGGCGCUGCAAUGGGCCGUGUCAGCACAAACAACCGUAUUAUGGCUACGUCAAACGCGCUACUAACAGGGCACCCUCUGCUAAUGACUACUGGUGGGCUGAGCACCAGAAAACCUGUGGAGGCACGUAUAUAAAAAUCAAGGAACCAGAGAACUACUCAAAAAAAGGCAAAAGAAAGACAAAACCAGGAAAGCACCCAGUGUCAGCAGUAGAGAAUAAAGAUAAACCUAACAGAGGUGAGGCACAGCUGUUAAUCCCUUUUAGUGGGAAAGGAUACAUUCUAGGAGAAACAAGCAAUUUACCGUCCUCUGGGAAAUUGAUCGGCUCACAGGCCAUUAAUAAAACCCAAGAUCUUUUAAGUCAAGACCAUUCAGCAAACGCUCUAAGACCUAAUUCUAAAACUGAGGUGAAAUUUGAACAGAAUGGUUCAAGUAAAAAAACCUCUCAUCUAGUCUCCCCCAUUCUUAAUACCAGUAAGCAAAAUGUUUUAAGCAGCUAUUUUCCUAGAGUAUCAGCUGCCAACCAAAAGGCUUUCAGAAGUGUGAAUGGAUCUUCUCCAACGACAAGCUUAGCAGUUGGUGACAUCACUAAAAAUUCAGUUUCUUCCAGUUCUCAAAGAAGGGUCACAUCUUCUAAGAUAUCCCUAAGAAAUUCUUUAAAAACAGUGGAAUCAACAUCUGUGACUGCAUCCCAGGAGGCGAGUGGGUCUGAAGAUAAAUUCCCAAGUAAACGACCCAGGCUAGAAGACAAGACUGUUUUUGACAAUUUUUUUAUCAAGAAAGAGCAAAUACAAAGUGAUGGUAACGAUCCAAAGUGUAGUUCACGUCCUGUAACCACAACUCAGAAUUCCAAUAGUUCAUGCAGUCAGAGCAAAAUGGUUAAUUGCCCGGUUUGUCAGAAUGAAGUUUUGGAAUCUCAAAUUAAUGAGCACUUGGAUUUGUGCCUUGAAAGUGAUAACAUCGAAGUCAAAAGCUGA